UUGCGCUUGGAUAGACGUGCGAUUGCGCCCAGAAAGUUACAUUUCUUUUACGAUUCAACGCUUGGAAUAAUUUCUUUAAGUUGUCUUUCGCGUCUUUGGCAAAAUAAAUCGUAAGUCAAUUACGUGGGGAAAAACAAAACAAUCCACAAACAAUCAAAGAAGCCUAAUUAAAGUCUGCGAGUGUGCGCAUCGGAAGAAAUUGAGUCAUGUCCGGCGAAGAGGCUCAACAAGAACAACAACAAGCCGAACAAGAGAAUAGGACGCAAGAUGAGGCUCCUUCUGCUCCCUCAGAUGAGGCGCAGGAGUCGCGACCCGCGGAGGAGGCGACAACGCCCGCGGAGGAUGUCACCGUGCGUGCUCUGGUUCUGACGGGAUACGGAGGCUACGACAAAGUGAAGGUGCAGCUGAAAAAGCAGCGGCUGCAGCCCGCCAGCAAGGAGGUGCGAGUGCGGCUCCGGGCCUGCGGCUUGAACUUUGCGGAGCUGCUGGGGAGACAGGGCAUGUACGAGCUGCUGCCCCCUCCGCCCGUCACGAUGGGGAUGGAGGGAGCAGGAGUAAUAGAAGCCGUGGGGGAGGAGGUGACGGAGAGGAAGGUGGGGGACCGCGUCAUCUUGAUGAGCCAAAGUGGCAUGUAUCAGGAAGUGGUGAUCGUGCCCGUUCACUACACUUUCCCCAUGCCCGACUCAAUGAGCUUUGAGGAAGGUGCCGCUCUCCCCAUUAACUACUUGACAGCCUACAUGAUGCUGUUUGAGAUGGCCAACAUUAGGCCAGGGAAGAGUGUUCUCAUCCACAUGGCAGCAGGUGGCGUUGGCAUUGCUGCUACCCAGCUAUGUCGGACUGUGCAGGACGUGACUGUUUUCGGCACGGCAUCCGCCAACAAACAUGACACCAUCACCCAAGGCGGAGUCACCCACCCCAUUGACUACCGCACCAAGGACUAUGUGGAUGAGAUCCGCAAAAUCAGCCCUAAAGGAGUGGACAUAGUCCUGGACCCACUGGGAGGCUCCGACACCCAAAAAGGCUACAGUUUAUUGAAACCAAUGGGACAAAUUAUAGUGUUUGGUGCGGCUAAUGCAGUGACAGGCCAGAAGAAGAACCUCCUGGCCCUGGCUAAGACCUGGUACAACCAGCUCUCUGUCAGCACGCAGAAGCUGAUGCAGGCCAACAAGGCCAUCUCUGGUUUCCACCUCGGCCACAUCAGAGAGGAGGAGCUCAUCAUCAGGACCAUGACCACACUGCUGGAUCUCUAUAGCCAGGGAAAGAUAAAGCCCCACAUUGACUCAUCCUUUCACUUUGAGGAGGUGGCGGACGCCAUGAGACGCAUGCACGAGCGGCAGAAUAUUGGGAAAGUCAUUCUCCUCCCCGAAGCCAAGAAACAGGGAAGUGAGGUCACGAGUGAGCCCGCCGCCGCAGAAAAAGUGGACCAGUCAGACGCGGCAGCGGUCAAUAAAGAGAAGACGGAGGAGUCUGAUGCAGCGGAGGGCAAGGCGGAGGAAAACUGAGCGUUUGUUUAAAUGGUAUUGUCACACGCUCGACUGUACAACCGCCUCCACACACACACACACACACACACACACACACACACACACACACACACACACACACACACAAAUGAAAAGAGGAACAAGAACCGGCGUUAGUCCUUCGAGUUUGUCAGUAUUUUCCAAAGUCUGUCUGAUGAUUUGUGGCACAAUGUGUCAUGUGUCUGUACUGUGCUGUCAGUAAAUAUAGACGUGAGCCCUGUUAGGGGAUACCAGUGGAGAUUUGCAAGUGAGGAUGCGUUGCUCAAAGUUUGUAAGGAUGUCAUCCCAUAGUCCCCCCCCUUUUUUUUUACUGUACUCCCUUCUUCUGUGAACGAUGUCGGACUGUUUGGUAGCAUCGUUAGUUUAACAUUACGAGUCCCUCAUAGCCUGUUUUGGUGAUGCAGCAGUUCAACAUGGGAAUGGGGGGGAAAUCACACCAUAGUGUAGAGCGGUGGAUUUUAAAAAAAUUUUUUUUACUUCUUCCUCACAUUAUAAGUGCACCAAAGGGGGAAAAAAAACCAAAUUGCAUUCCUAAUGCCAAGCUAACUGUGAAUCAAGACCUGCGCCUCCUCGCUUUUGGGUUAUUUGUAAGCAGCAUCAUGCCAAAGUUUGGCUUAAAGCGUUUUGCGCGUUGUACACAGGUUGGCGGUUCACUUCGACGUCUGGGGGGCUGCUCCUCCUCUGUGAUUUGCCUUUCGAUAUUUGCAGCGCCUCUUCUGAAAUCCAAAAGAUUGAUGGCAAGCUUACAGAACUGGGUGUCAGCUCAAGGUGCACUCCUCCAGAUAGACUUAGACCUCUUUAGGGGGAAACUGGGACCGUGUCGCUGAGUUUUAUGUCAAACAACAGUCUGACAUAAAAUUGCCAUCUUAAUGUUCUUGCCGCUCGUGAAGUGAUGCUGAGAGAGUCGUAAAUAUCCCUUGAUUAUAAGGUGCGUGAUAACACUGUCGUUUUUUUAGAGGCGGCACAGAUGCGAAUUUCAAUUCAAAUCACUCCCGUGUUGAUGGAUUAGCAAGCUGCCGUGUGUGUUUAACAGCGCUCUUCAUAAUGGGCCGAAAUGGCUGAAAGUCAGCGAAGUUUCCAGAGAAUUUAGAUGUUUUCUCCAUAUGUGGAUGUAAUUCGAUGCGUUGACACAGAAGACACGACUUGUAGGAAAAAAAGAGACGGCGAGGGAUGGAGAGAGAGAGAGAGAGCGAGAGAAAGAGAGAGACAGAGUAAGAGCCAGGGAGAGAGAGAUGGAGAGAGGGCGAGAGAGGCAGAGAGAGAGUAGGAGUGAGGGAGAGAGAAAGACAGACAGAGAGCCAGAGAGCGCGAGAGCGAGGAAGAGAGAGAGAAGGGGGCGAGAGAGAGGGAGGGAGAGAGAGAGAGAAAGAGAGCGAGAGAGGGCGCUUUCCUUCCACUUCCACCACAACAGCAGCACACAUUCCUUUCCUCCCUCUCUUUCUCUCUGUCAGACUCUCCAGAUAAUAGCCUCUCCCCAAGAGCCCUCCAUCUCCCUCCAUCUCCAGUUUGUCUUGCCCUUUAAGAUGUCUCAUACGUCUCAUACGUCUCAUACGUCCAACAUGUUUGAUAGAUAUUGGGGUUUUUUUUAUACCCAAUUGCGAAUGUUCAAUGACAGUGGUUGCAUUUUUCUCCCUGACCUGAGAGCAUUGUUAGAAUUGAGUGUUUUCCGCUCUCCUUGGUGUGAAGUAAAACCCGGUGUGGAGUUUCAGUGGGAGCUGGAGUCACAUUCUGAUUCUCUGCCUACGGCUUGAAGCGGUGUUGCCGUUUGUCCUAUGAGACAAAGGUGGGCCGGGGGGGGGGGGGCUACCCUCAAUAAACACCCGGAUUCCCCUGUUACCAACCCACCAUCUAAAAUAUAAAAAAAUAAAAAUAAAAAAAAGAUGCUGGUUUUGUGUUAGUGCCCAGGUCACAUGAUCACAAGCACUUUACGAUAACGUCAUUGGUUUCAGAUUGGCAUGGCUGCAAUUCUUACAAGAGACCUCAUAAUUAUAGACCCUGAGCUUGGAUCCAGAUAUUUCAUUUCUCUGCGACCGUAACGAUCAUGCGUUAAUGAGGGGAGACUGCUAAGGUGGCUUGGGUACAAUAUUUUCAACUCUCUACGACUACAAACAAGUUUCUUAUGCUAUAGCCAUUUGCGUUAAUUUACCAAAUUACGUCUCCUUAUCCUCAUGAUUGUAUACUAGAUGUAAACGCUAAAUAUUCCACAUUUUAGGAACAAUUUGAAUGCCAUCCUCAAUAACCACUGGCUCUCCUUUUAGCCACCCCAUACAACAUUCUGCUGGCCUGACGUCACUCUUACUGCCUUUGUGAGCCGUCCAAGUCUGUGUGGUGCAAGUGUAAUUUGUGCUACUGCAAUGUUUUCAUGAUUGAGUGACACUUUAUUCAACCUCGAAUCUACUAGCCAUAUAUAUCAGCUAACGUAGAAGACAGUUGUUGCCAAUCUAUUUGGGUCAAAGACGCGAUCCUGAAUUAACCAGAGAACAACAUUGCCAUUUGUUAUCUCCAACGUUCAACCAGUGUCUUCAACUCUAUCACACAUGUGCACGCAGCAUUCAGGAAACUGUUGUUGUACUGCACAGGACCAUUUACAGCUUGUUUUUACAUGUCAUUAUUCUACUUGUUGUACAGCGAGCAGUUGCCUGUCUUUGUCGUUUUAAGAAACACAUUUUCCCCGCUUGUCAGGAAACUGGAGCCUAUAUAUCAACACCUGGUUACACUGUAUUCAGUUGGAUGACGUUUUAAUGAAUCCUGAGGGCCAAGUUGCGGCAGCAGCAGAGAAUAAGUAUGUCGAUUCUAUCAAGACAAAUACAGCGCAAACAGUUACACAAACACAACGACUAUACAUUGAAAAUAUUACAGCGGUUAUGUAAAUAAAGCUACAAACAAUACAGUAAAUGCUGCUUGCAAGUAUAUUAGAAGUACUACAUGGUUUGAGAGAUGGAAGGCGUGCUGAUGCGUUCAAGGUGCUACUUUGUUGGGAGUACGGGACUUAAAUUUAGGCUACAAAUUUGCUUAUUUCUUUAUUUUUGUACACACUUGAAUACUGUUUGCAUGAACAAGUAGCAUUAAUUGUCUGAUGUGUCAUUUAAGUGUUGCCAAGUGUUGUCCACUAAACAUUUAAAUGGUUUAAUCGAUCCUACAGGCUCUGAAUAUACAAUUAUGGAAUUCAUGAAAGUGUGCUUUUUGCUGCUGUGCUGCAACAUGGCUUACCUGUUGUUCACGUCUUGUGAACUGAAGAUAAAACAUUGUGUAUUACUGAUUAAUAUAUAUAUAUAUAUAUAUAUAUGUAUAUAUAUCUCUUUAAAGUAUGUCUCUAUGAAGAUGUUCUGUCUUUGCGCUUCCUGGAUGUGUUUGAGUAAGUCAGUAGCGCCCCUUUGUGGUCACUUAAAAUAGGACACGGACGCGCGCACGCAAGAUCAGCGUACACUGCUGCCAUGUCAGGCUUAACCCAGGCGAACCUUUACUUUUUGAUAUAAUCAAAGAGUUGGACCACAGUGUAGGUAGGAGCUUGCUAUGACCUUUGACCAGAUUAGGCAUUUACUUUCUUGACCUUCCAACGAGUGGCUCAAAGGAUUCCAGCGUAAAUAUGACCAGUUCACCUUAUGGAUUAGACUACAACUAUAAUAUUUUUUGCAUGUUUACAUUCCAAACGCUGCAUGCACCGUCAAGUUAUUCCUGCAAGGUCAAUGUCCUGUCAACGGAGCUGAAACUGAAGACGACUUGGUCCGAAGACUUGCAAAAUCAAUGUCCUCACCUGAAUUUGAUGUUUUGAAUUGUUAUUGUAUAGCUUACAUUAUUGUUUUAUUAUGUUUACAAAUAAAAAAAAUAUAUUUCCAAAAAGAAAAA